AUGCCGGACGGCCUCGAGGACACCGGGACAGAGGUCUCGGAUGCCAUGUCAGAUAAUGACCACGAGUACGACGACGACACGCCCGUAAAAGACGACGACGACGAGAAAAUGGCAGAAUCUCACGAGAGCGGCGCCGAUACAAACGGCGAGGUCAAGAAGAAGUACGAUCCUAAGGAUCCUUCACGGCCGAGGAGAAAGAAGGCUCGCCGGGCGUGUUUCGCCUGUCAACGAGCCCAUCUGACUUGUGGAGAUGAACGGCCUUGUCAGCGAUGCAUCAAGCGUGGACUCGCAGACGCUUGCCAGGACGGCGUCCGCAAGAAGGCCAAGUAUCUUCAUGAUGCUCCGCCAGAGGCCCUCAGGCCCGUGCUGGGACCCAACUUCAAUCCAAACGCGGCCCCGACCCGUCCCAACGGCCAGCGGCAUCACAGUGGGACCUCAGAUACGGCUUCGACCGCCGGCAGCACCUACUUUAGUCAAAACUCGACGGCAUCCUUCCCCGUCUACUCUGGCCAACAAACGCCAGUCGGAAUCCCCGAGAGUCUUCCAUUCCAGGCGCAACCCUCACCGAUAUCGCCGUCUUUUCCGCAACCGGGCAACAACGCGCGGUCUAUUGGGGGCAUGAUAUCGCCGCAGGUCACCAGCGACCCCUUUAACACGUUAUUCGACCCAAGCAACCCGGCCAUCUUCAACUUUGAUCUGGAAGGGCUCAAUUUCGGUAGUCAGUACGGCGCCAUGGAGUUUGGCAUGCUCGGACAUAUGUCGUCGGGCGCGGCGGAAACCCCUCCGCGUGAUGGCUCCUUAUCCGGACCCAGUGGUGGUGAGGUCAACUUUGGAUCCACAAACGUCUUUGGCAAUGGCAACAACCAGUUUGGCCAAGUCUACGAUAGCGGUAUGAUCAACGAUUUCAUGGGUGUAGACCAGUCUUCCAACGGCAUGUACCAACAAGGCAACCUGCAACAUGGCCUCCCACAUGCCUACGCCAUUGCUGCUGGCCCAACAAGCCUACAUAGUCCAAGCACAGACAACACCGCCAGCCCGCAACCUACUAACUUUACCUUUGAAGGAUCACCAAGUGGGAAUUUUGGCGCUGUUGGAAACUCCCAGACCAUAACCGCCCCGACUCGCCCCAAAUCCAAGCCUGGCCCGGUCCAGAAGAGCGGACCGCACACCCUCCUGGGCAAGCGACAGCGCGACCCGUCGUCCAUCUACGAGACCGUCAAGGAGCCGUACCCAUACCUGGCCGGCUUCCAUGCCCUCAUUGACUAUCUGCCGAAACGCUUCUCCGCCAAUAUGACGUUACGCAUCGCCAAGGCGCUCGCCAGCAUCCGUCCGUCGUUUAUUGCCUGCACCAAGACACUCAGCCGACAGGACCUCGUUUUCAUGGAGAAGUGCUUUCAACGGACGUUAUUCGAGUACGAAGAGUUUAUGCACCACUGCUCCGCUCCGACCAUCGUCCUCCGCCGUACGGGCGAGAUUGCCGCCGUGAAUAAGGAGUUCAUUGCCCUGACCGGGUGGACCAAGGAUGUCCUCCUGGGCAACGAGCCGAACCUGAACGUUAACACGGGUGGGACGGGGUCGACGACCAACAGCGGUCGCAAUACGGGCCGCGCGGGCGUCUCAACGCCCAAGGCGUCCUCGGCGACGCUCGACCAGAUGAAAAACGAUAGCGGCUCGCGCAAACAGCCCGUUUUCAUCGCCGAGAUCCUCGACGACGACAGCGUCGUCGAGUUCUAUGACGAUUUUUCCCAUCUCGCGUUCGGCGACAGCCGCGGCAGCGUCAACCGCACCUGCCGGAUCCUCAAGUAUCGCACAAAGGAGCAGGCCGAUGCGGCGUCAUCGACGGACACGAUGCCGCAGCAGGACCCGCGCAAGAGCAUCCUCAGCAACCGCGUCACCCGCAUCGACGGCGAGCACGGCAUCUCCAGGAUCGAGAAGGACGGCAAGGUGGACUGCCGAUAUUGCUGGAUGAUUAAACGAGACGUAUUCGAUAUCCCCAUGUUGAUUGUGAUGAACGUGGGUGGCCCCUCCCUUUCUACGAUCCCUCGUCCAUCGGGAAGUCAGUCCUUUCCCCGCUAA